UUAACAAAAUGAAUUCUUUUGACGAUACAGCAACAAAUGCGUUCAUUAAUGAGAAUUUACCAUCAUAUGACUUUAUGAUACCAUCAGACCUUCCAACACUAAAUUCAUCGUUAUUUUAUCAAAACCUCAAUUUAUCAGAUAGAGAAUUUACGUGUCCAUCGAUUGUACCGAAUAGCUUUGGACGAUAUGUAUCGAUGAUUUUGUUCACAGUUGUCUGCAUUAUUGGACUAUUUGGAAACAGUUUAGUGAUUUAUGUGGUGCUGCGAUUCAGCAAAAUGAAAACAGUCACAAACUUAUACAUCCUUAAUUUGGCAUUUGCCGAUGAAUUUUAUUUGAUUGGCGUGCCCACUCUUAUAUACACAAUGCAUUUAGGCGAAUGGAUUUUUGGCGUCCAAUUAUGCAAGCUGUACAUGAUAUCAACUAGCAUAACACAAUUUACAUCAUCAAUUUUUCUUGUCAUCAUGUCUGCCGACAGAUUUAUUGCUGUUUGUCACCCAAUCAGUAGUCCACGUUUUCGUACACCACUUGUAUCAAAAAUAGUAUCAAUAUUCGCAUGGUGUUUAUCAGUAGUCCUUAUGCUUCCAAUUAUCUUAUAUUCAACAACAGUAACAAGACCGGAUGGUAAGAAAUCUUGCAAUAUCAUGUGGCCAUCAAGUAAAAGUAGCAUAAAUAAUUCAACACUGGAUGAGGAAGGGCUUAUGGAAGCGGAUGGAUCGACCUUUACCCUUUAUACAUUCACAUUAGGUUUCGCUAUUCCUUUAUGUCUCAUUUUGAUAUUUUAUUUCUUCGUACUACGAAAGCUUCGUACUGUUGGACCGAAGACAAAAUCAAAAGAAAAAAAGAGAUCUCAUCGUAAAGUAACUAAGCUUGUUCUUACUGUGAUUGCUGUCUACGUUCUCUGUUGGACACCAUACUGGGUAAGCCAAAUGGCUCUAAUCAACUCGUCACCGGAAAAUUGUCAAUCAAGAUUGGAAAUAACAAUUUUCAUCCUCGUCGGAUGCCUUGGUUACUCAAAUUCAGCAAUGAACCCGAUCCUUUAUGCCUUUUUGUCAGAUAAUUUUAAAAAGUCAUUCAUGAAGGCAUUCACAUGUGCCAAGACGAAUGAGAUAAAUGCACAGCUUCAACAGGAAAAUAGCUUCUUUCCACGCUUUGGACGUGGCAAAAAUUCUGAAUGCCUUUCAUCAAAACCAUCCGCAAAUCUCAUCGUUAAUGUAAAUUCAAAUGUAAAUCCAUCGAAAUUUAUUCAGUCUGCGAGAUUUGGAAAUACAGUGGAAUCGAUAUUAGAUGCAACUGAAAAUGGACAUACAACGAAUAAUGGACAUCAAUUAAAUAAAGUGAACAAUGUAAAUAAUAAUAAUAAUAAUCACUGUACAGUUAUUCCACCUUGUGAUGAAGAAAGUGACGAUGAGGAGCAAGAAUUACAUCAAAACCCGGAAGAUGCAAUUUGCAUUAUCAAUCCUGUAAAUGGAACAAGCAAACCACCUGUAUUGCAUACCGACCUUUAAAGCAUCAGAAACAUUUAAAUAGCUAGUAAAGAUAUUUAUUAAAUGAAAAAAGAUAGAAACGUUGUUAUUAUAAAAUUGAUAUCGGAUAGUGUGAAAGAAGUUACAUUAGUGAUGGGAUGGUAGCUUGUGAUCAAAUAUUUGAGAUUGAAAUUGAAUUAAGAUCCUAAAAAUUCAAAGCUUACAAGCUAUUGUCCCAUGAAAUACCUUCCCCAUAAUGUAAAGUUGUAAAUUCCUAUCGAUGAAAUAUUGUAUAAUUAAAUUUUGUGCACUAGACAUGAAAGAGCAGAGAAGAAAUUUUUUAUGUACGAUCUAAAAGAAAAUUGCAAUGAAGUUCAUUGUUGCCAAGUUAUUCUUUUGUACAUAUUUUAUGUGCCAUUUAACAUUAAUUCUCACUCGAUGAUGUUAAAAAUCCAUUAAUUCUUUUUCAUCCACAAUUUUAUAUUCUAAUAAUUUCCAAAAGAAU